AUGUCGACGGCUGGUCUGCCGUUUCUUCUCGUUAAGUAUCCCAUUUUCUAUGGUUUCCGAUGACUUUCUUGAAGACCUGAAGACAAGGAAUAAGGUUGUAGCUGUAGCACUCUAUGCACUGACGAUGGCGUUAGCCGUAGUUUCUUGCGUUUCGAACGGAGGUCCGCAGCCGAUUGUCGCGUCUCCGACGUCUUCUCGACGCUUCAGUCGCCGAUCCAAUCGCAGUUGUCGCUCCGAGGCUCGCGAAGACGAGGAAAACCACGUCGUCGAAGACUACAACCCCGCACUUUCACCCUGUUGCAUGUCUCGUCUUUCGAGGUUAUUACCUUUUAGAAAUCAAAAUAGCAACGGUUUGCUUGAAAACGCACGAAAAUACGCUUUUAAGAAACAUUACAAUUUAUCUUACCGUCUCUUGAUUUUGAAUAAAUUCAAGCCAUUGUUCUAUUCUAUUCUUCCGACAGUUAUUUCAUUUUGAUUUUCAUUUUGUUUCAGUGGGUCAGAACCUCAAGGGGCAACUCCAAUUAAGUCUAGACAGGUAAUACUUGGAAACAAGGAAAAACAAGAUGCUUUGAAAAAAAUCUCAGAUCAAUUCCGGUAGACUUGACAAAACAGCGAGAGUUACAAAGCCUGAGAAACACGAUAAGGCCGAGAAAAUUGACAAAGCGGACAAAGCUGACAAAGCGGACAAACCCCAGGAAGACAACGUCGCCGCCAAAGCCAUUGACGAUUCUGAGGAGGCCAAGGUGCCAUUCGGAAAGAUACUUUUUGACAAGACGAUUUCAGGAAUUGGAGACUACGGUUGCCAAAAAUCCAGCCCCGAUGGAGUUUAGAACCGCUGGCAUGCUGGCUCUGAUGGAAAGAGCCAAAACGAAAAAAGAGGUUUCCAUAUAAUUCAUUCUUCUUGACGGGGAGGCUCAUUCACGGAAUUUAUCGACGCAUAGCAGCCGAUAUUUUUCGAGCCAUUCAAUUUGCGAUCACUUUCUAGUCAGAAAGAAAUGAGUACAUAUUUUUUUGUUGAUCUCAGAAUUUUGUGAGCCACUACUUCUAAUAUUUUUCUAGAAAAACGAACAACGCGCCAAAGAAAAGGAAAAGCAGAAGAAGGAAGCUGUGAAUCUGCAGCAGCAACAACUGCAGCUCCAACAGCAGCAACAACUCCAACUGCAACAACAACAGCAGCAGCAGCGACAGAUUCAACUCCAGCUGCAAAAAGAAAAGGAGGAACGGGAAGAAAAAGAAAAGAAAAGGGUUUAUUCACAUAUUUUUCAUUCCAAGAUCUAGUUGGUUUGUUUUGCAGAGGCUCAAAUUUUGGUGA